AUGAGCCCGCCGGAGUCGAUCGUCGGGAUCGGCGGCAGCUGGAAGGGGGCGGCGGGUCUCGAAAGCGUCGUCGGAGACGAUGAUGCCGCGUCCCAGUACACCGGCGGGCGACCGUCGGCGUCGUCGGCGGCGACGGGGACCGGCGGCGGCAACGGCGGCAACGGCGGCGGCGGGGUCAACGACGACGACGCGGCUUCUCAAUGGGACGCCGGGAGCAGAAUAUCAAGGGUCUCCGGCCCGUCCUCCUCUGGGCCGCAGCAGCGGUCCGCCGCCGCCAGCGGAGAUGUUUCUGUUGGCGGAAUCAACGACGACGACGCCGCUUCGUACUACGCGGGGUCUUCCGUUGGGGCGAAGGGGGAGCCGGGGUCGUCUGGUGCCGCCGCUGCUGCUGCCGGUGGUGCCGCCGCGGCGGCGGCUGGGUUGGGGGGAUACCACAACCACUCCUGGCGGAAGGACUUGAAUGACGACGGGAAGGACGGCGGCGGAGGGGGAGAGGGAGGGGUGGUGAUGCGGCGGGCGAACCUGGGGCCUCAGGGCGGGGCGGGUAGUGGUCCAUCAGGUCGUAACUCCCAGUCGAUGGGGGGCAUGACGGCGGAAUCUGACGGCGACGGCGGGGAGAGCUUCGUGUCCAGGGCGGGGUCUUACGCUCUUACGGACAUCGGCGUGGGACACUCGGAUCAGGGCCGAGGUAACCAGGCGGGCAAGGCGGGUGGAGAUUCCGGCGCUGGGGCGCUUUCCCCCACUUCCACUCUCAUGCGCUCUGUCCACGGAAUGAGCGAGGUUGGCACGGAGCGUGACUCGUACGGAUCCGAAGCUGCCUACACGAACGCGUCGGACAGUCCAGGGGCUCACAGCGGCUGGGAGAGGGCAUGGAUGCGGCAGCGAAACGACGCCAGCACC